AGGAGGUUGUGAGCAUGUGAGAGAUCCUUCUUCACUCUCUCGGUCGCUUCUCCAAAAGAUCUGGUGGUUUGAAACAAACAGACAAGUUGCUGACAAAUCCUUUUAUUUGGGUCACAAUGGGAGCGUUUAUCGCCAAGAUGUUGCUGCCCACCAUCAGCAGUUUGGUGUUCCUGCCUGCCGCCAGUGUGGCCGCCAAGAGGGGCUUUCACAUGGAGGCCAUGGUCUAUUUCUUCACAAUGUUCUUCAUAGCGAUUUACCAUGCGUGUGAUGGUCCAGGCUUGUCCAUUCUCUGUUUCAUGAAGUACGAGAUUCUGGAGUACUUCAGCGUGUACGGCACAGCUAUCUCCAUGUGGGUCACACUACUAGCACUGGGAGAUUUCGAUGAACCCAAGCGCUCUUCGCUCACCAUGUUUGGUGUGUUGACCGCGGCUGUGAGGAUCUACCAGGACCGAUGGGGCUACGGCAUCUACUCCGGCCCCAUUGGAACAGCUGUCUUUAUGAUAACAGUCAAAUGGUUACAGAAAAUGAAGGAAAAGAAAGGCCUUUAUCCAGACAAAAGUGUUUACACUCAACAAGUGGGGCCAGGGUUCUGCUUCGGUGCUCUUGCUUUGAUGCUUCGCUUCUAUUUUGAGGACUGGGAAUAUGCUUAUGUCCACAGUUUCUACCAUGUGUCACUGGCUGUGUCCUUCAUUCUGCUGCUGCCCAAGAAGAACCGCUACGCCGGGACGGGACGCAAUGCAGCCAAACUUAACUGCUACACCCUCUGCUGCUGUACAUCACAACCUCAGAUGAAGGAAAAAGCAAGGACUAUCUGGACUACUCCUCAAAAACCCUGGAUGCGGACAUGUGGUCCUGGCCUGCCGCUAGACAAAUCCCAGCCACGCACCAUGUAAUGCAAGAAACUGUGUCUGUUAACAGCACCCUGAAAGUGAGGAAAGUUAUACGACCUCCCAGCAGGCCAAGCAUGCCUUGGACAACUUAUUCGUAGGGAUAGCAUGAUGCCCUGAUAGUCAAAAUCACUGAAAAGGUACUGAAAUGUAUGUUUAAAGACUCAUUGCAAGAUAAAGACUGUGACAGUGAAGACUUUCCCCAUGACAAGGAGAGUUCAUCCGAAAAGAAAAGACCAAGACCAAAACUGGAUUUGACUCCUCAAAUACAGCUGGAAAGUUUAUGAGUCACAAAAAACAGCAGACACAUUAUCUAUCCAAAAUGAAUAAACUUUCUUUCAAAGGUUCCUCAGUAGGGACCACUUGUCUAUGUCCAUUUAAGAGACUGUAAAAGAGGCCAUUAAAUUCUUUAUAUUCAUCUAUUUGUGCCAGACAGGUCAGACAUCAUCUGGGUACAACUAAACCCUAAACUAAACCUACAGUAUAAAGAAGCAAACAAACGGUUUGAUAUAUAUAGCGGUGGAUGGAGGGAGAUACAUUCUUUAAGCAAAUCAGGAGGUUUGUAGAAAUUGUUUCUAUGUAAAUAUAUUUAUUCAUUAAAUUCAUUUCAUUUUAUGUAUCUAUUAUUGUUUUUAAUUUUUGAAUAAAAUCGUUUUUUUAUGAU